AUGUUUCCCCGAGAUGUCUACACCUUCUACGACGAGGACGAACAAUUGUGGCGCGGACGGGAUAUUCCGGAAAUUUACAAUCCGAAUCAAAGCAUCGGACAACUUAUAUGGAGCCUAUUGAAUCGGGCUCCCUGGAAGAUCGCCCAAAUCAGUGCAGAAAGUGGAGUUCGGGUGACGUACAGCGAGAUGCGGCUGAGGUCCAUCCGGGCAGCGCAAAACUUGGCAAUGAUUGUGGGGCUCGAGAAGGGCGAUAUGGUGACCAUCGUGUCAAGAAAUAAUGAGAAAGUGGCACCUGUGGUGUUCGGAUGUUUCAUGUUGGGAACUCCGAUCAAUACGCUGGAUCCGGGAUUUCGUCGAGAUGACUUUGCGCACAUGUUUGAAACUACCAAACCGAAGUGUGUGAUAUGCGAAGGAGAUCUGGUGCAUGAGGUGGUGGCAGGAUGCGAAAUGGUUGGUAUUGCACCGGAAUUGAUCGUUUUCGGGACGCGAAUCAAUGGAUACGGCAAGGUCGAUGACUUGCUGGUGGAGACCGGCACCGAGAAGCACUUUCUGCCGGCGGAAAUUGAUGAUCCAGUCAAUGCGCUAGCGAUCGUGCUUUGUUCAUCGGGAACGACGGGCAGAUCGAAGGGCGUCUGUCUUUCGCAUGGUCUUUGCGUGGCGAAUAUGUCCGGUACUUGGACAUGUUAUGAGUCGGAUCGCGUGCUAUGUUUGAGUUCGUUAUAUUGGAUAUCUGGAAUUGGAACGCUUGUGGCGGCGACAGCAGCAGGCGCAACUAGAAUUAUCACGACAGAACCGUUUAGUUCGGGAAUGAUUAUAGAUCUGAUUGAACAGCACAGAGUGAGUGUGAUUUUUUUUCCUCCUUCGCAUGCGUUGGCGAUUUUGAAAAAUCCAACCAUAGGAAUGGUGGAUUUUUCGAGCCUGCGAAUGGUGCUUUGUGGAGGAGGACCGGUUUCGGCGGAUUUGAAGCGUUCAUUUGAAAUGUAUUUAUCAAAGGGUAGGUUUCACGUGGUCUAUGGGUUGUCAGAGUUGGGUGGAGCAGGCUGCAUUAGCGAAAUGGCAUACAAAAAUGGAUCAGUUGGAGUUUUAUCGAAUGGAGUCAUGGCGAAGGUGGUUGAUGAUGAAGGAAAUGUGGUUCCCUCCAACCAAGACGGAGAGCUGUACGUCAAGGCGAAGCACAUUUUCAUGGGAUAUUACGGAAAUGCGGAGUCAACUGCGGAAAUAUUGUCCGAAGAUGGGUGGCUGCGAACUGGCGACGUUGCUCGAGUGGACGAGGAUGGCUUUUUCUACAUAGUAGACCGCAAAAAAGAUAUCAUCAAAUACGCAGGUUACCAGAUUUCUCCGACGGAGAUUGAAACCGUUAUUAUGAAGAUUCCCGGAGUAGUUGCGGUUUGUGUCACGGGCAUUCCAGUUCCGGGGAAUGAUCUCCCGGUUGCAUUGGUGAUAAAGGCUUUGAACUCCGAAGUGACGGAAGAGAAGAUCAUACAAACAGUUGCCAAAAAUAUGUUGAACUUUAAGCAUUUGAGAGGAGGAGUUUAUUUUGUGACUUCGUUUCCGAUGACUCCUUCGGGAAAGAUUCUGCGACGAACGUGUCGCGAUAUUGCGAUUGAGUUUUAUAAUGCGAAACAUAUGUAAUGAGUGAAAAGUUAGAAAAUUAUUUGAGGCUGGUUGAACCACAGACAAGAAGACACUACUUUGGU